CCUGAGCAGCUUGUGCGCAUGUUUUCAUAGACUAACGGGGCAGGUCUUCAUCGCUGCAUGGACUGAUGCUCAUUUGGAAGAAUCGACGGUUCGAAAAAUAGAAUCCAAACCAGAAAAAGGGCAUAAAGCAGAGGACAUCAUGGGGAAAGUGCAGGGCGGGAUGAAAUGUGUGAAAUAUCUGCUCUUCGGCUUCAACUUCAUCUUCUGGUUGUCGGGCCUGUUGGUGUUGACGGUGGGACUGUGGCUAAGGUUUGACUCCGCAAAGUUCCCGCCGGGCGAUGGGGCUCCUGAGACCUUCUUCAUUGCUGUUUACAUCCUUCUUGGAGCAGGAGGCCUGAUGAUAGUCGUAGGGUUCUUUGGUUGUUUUGGAGCGGUUCGGGAGUCCCAGUGUCUUCUUGCAUCGUUUUUUGCCUGCCUUCUGAUCAUCUUUGGAGCAGUGAUCACUGCUGGUGUGUUUGGAUUUGUGAACAAGGAUAAGAUUGCUGAAGAUGUCCACAGGUUUUACAGUGACUCCAUUGACAGUACCAACCCUAAUAUAACUCUCAUAGUGGAUAUUUACGAGAAAGCACUGAAUUGCUGUGCAUCCACUGUUAUAGAACCAUGCGAUGAACGUACAGUCAUGGACUGUGGUGUUGCAAUAGAAAUCUUCUUUGAAGAAAAGCUGCACAUCAUCGGAUUUGUAGGGAUUGGCAUUGCUGGAAUAAUGGUUAUAGGAAUGAUCUUCAGUAUGGUGCUGUGCUGUGCGAUCAAGAACAGCAGAGAAGUUAUAUAGACGGGGGGGUAACACACCCCACAACCUGCCCACAUCCACUCACUAAGCAACAACCAGACCCCUACAUACGCGCACAACCCUUUAUAAUCAAUGUAUCCAUAUGGGUAAAGCAGCCUCACCUCUUAUAGAUCAACUGUAGAGGUGGGGGGGUACCUGCACUGACUGCAUUCAACACAAUACGCUGGAUCGAUUUCCAACCUGCUCCGUGAUUUUACCAGCCCAGAAACAGAUUUAUUAUUCUGUUCUUUUCCAUUCCUUGUGCUUUGCUUUUUGGCACAGCAAUGUGACAUUCCAUGCGGUCAACACGUUUGUGUUCGGCUGCUGGUGCUCUGCAGAGUUUGUCUUACUGCACUGUAGCUAUAACACAAUACGUACGGCCUUCUGUGACACGGGAAUGUUAUGUGGAGGGAGUAUUGCUGUAAAUACUUGACACGCUUUCAGUUGAUUCUAUUUAUCCUGUACAUUCAUUCGCUUUUUUGGGCCUUAACCUUGUCAUUCUUUGUUUUUACUAAGUUUUGAAACUAGCCGACCUUUUGCAGUGUGAACUUCAAUAACGUGCCUCUUUGAACCUUUUAAGUCAUAGACAGACCUCCAGCUACCUAUUAGUGUGUCUUUUUCAUAGGUUUAAUAUGUACAUAACAACUGUUUCUGCUCUCUGCCUCCUCUUUUAAGUAUUUCUACUGUAAAACACGCCUGGAAACUUUUGUAAAUCUAUAAAUUCUUCUGAAAGGUCAGUAGUACCGUGUGUUGUGCUGAACUCUUGAGCAUGUUUAACUUUAACAGUAAGCUAGUUUGCAAUUUGUCUGACUGGAUGUACUUUUUUUGGGUGUGCCAAUUAGAUAUAAAGUAGAAGAUAAUAUAGUUUGUCCCCAUGUUAAUGAUAAUAAAACGUUCUGGGUGCUUGUA